GCCUGGUAGCCGGGUGUAGCAACAGCUGGCCACGGCCUGGGUACACAGCGUGGUGGUGGCGGAGGUGGUAGUGUGGUUGGCUUAGCGUGUGGUUAGAGACAGUAUCCCUUGGAGGUUUCACGCCCACAACCCAUGAGUGGACGCCCAAACCUCACUUGCCUUUGCUAUCAUGGCCACUUGUCGACGCAAGGUUGAGGUGCUGGUGGUUCUGUUGCUGACGUUAGUGCCUCGGCCUGGCCCCCUGGAACCCAGACCUCCCUGUAUACGUGAUAAGGCGGCUCUCGUGAGAAAAUUGGUUAACAAGCGAUGGAUGCCUGUGCUGGAGAAAUACGGGGUGACGCUGCCCCUGGAGUGCCCCUUGCACAACGCCAGGGAUGUGUUCGCGCGGCAGGAGGAGGCCAAGGUCCACGUGCCGCCCCAGUGGACCUGCGGCUUCUGCGGGAAGGCCUUCUACCACGAGGCGCACCUGGACAGACACCUCGACAACCGCCACGAGGAACACCUCAAUAACGGCGAGGACGCGGUGUGUCUAGCGGACUUCUGUGACGUCAUGCGGUGCGAGGUGUUGCUGGAGCGUCUCAGGGACUUCGAGGACACGCCCCCCGCUGCCACGGCGCUCGACCUGUGGCACCAGCCGCUCCUGCUGUCUUCCCCGUCGCUCCACCAGGGCCAGACGCAUUCAGACCAAGCGGUGGAGCGAGCCCUCCCCCGCAGCCUGAUGAGGUCGUCCCACGCCUCCCACCCGUGGUACCAGUGGACGCGGCAGCCUCGGCUCCGGGACCCGCCUCACCCGCCCCCGCCGUCCUCCACGACGCCCCGCCCCGCCCCCGACCUCUCCGGGACCGCCCCGACGACGGCAGGAGGUCCGUGGACGACCCUGUGGUGGUGGCAGGAUGCGAUGCGGACGACGCGGAGUGCGCGAACCCGCCGGAGGAGACCUACAGUGAGUUCAGACUAUGACAGCGGGCAGGUGGGCGGGGGCCCGCGGGAGCUGCCUCUCCACCCGUUACACUCGUGGCGUGACACGUGUAAUGAGGAACACCUGGCUGAGCUCAGAGUCAAGUGCCAGCAAUUGAUCCAGCAGUGCAUCGGGGGUCUGCUGCUCAACCUAACACUGGAGCAAUUCAAGGAGGUUGAGGCCGCUCUAAGCCGUGCGGUGUGUUGGUACCUAACGUGUGAGAGGUACUGGGAAGCCGGUACCAUGGAGCCUCCGGAGUUCCCUUGGGGCCUCGUCACUGGCCUGGUACUUCUGCUGACUCUCGGGGUGUCCUUGGCUUACUACAUCGUCUGGGUUCUGUGCGAGUCGCAGGAGGGCGCCGCGGCGUCGCCCAGCACCCUGCCGGAGGAGCGCCCCGGCCCGCCGCUCCGGGCCUCGAAGGCGCGCCACUCCGCCGCCACGGAGUCCGAGAGCGAGUGCCGGGACUCGGGCUUCAACGAGGGCCCUCUCUACCCCGACGUCAGCGACGCCAGCCACGCCUACAGCGACUACGACGGCCAGUCCUACCGCUCGCGACACUACUCGGAGGACUCGAGGCUCUCCUACGCGCCCGACGACCACGCCCACGCCCACCCGUCGUCCAAAUACUACAUCACGGAGGAGCGCAUGUUCAACUACGCCACCACCUUCACCCCCAACUACGAGCAGCGGCGGCUCAGAAGGAAUCGCUACAACUACCUCGACGACUACGACGACUACCAGGACCUGGGCGAGCACGACAAAUACUACGACACCUCGAGUUUAAGUCAGGAGCAGAGCGACAGUUUCAUUUACGUCUCCUACCCGCCUGAAGUUAAGAAAAGAUUCACGGAGAACAGGUGAUGACGAGACGGGGUGGCUUAUCGUCGAUGAAUAUAAAAAACAGGAAAAAAAUAACAAAAAAAUAUAUUGGGGGGAGUUGAUAAACUUUUAGGCUUGUAUCUUCCAUGAAGUUUAUAUAGAGUGAUAGAAAAUAUAUCCGUUAGUUGGUCGGUGUAAAAGUGGGCAAGAAGCGCGAGCGAGGCAGAUAGUCUGGUUUGCGCCCAAGGAAUAAAGCCGCAGUUAUUGUCUGAAGUACUGUCGCAUGACCGCAAUGAGGUAUGAGUUGUUUAUGAGGUCAUAAGGAUCAUGAGACACCUCGCCUGUUUCUAGCCAUAGAGACUGGAGCUUGUGAUUGCACAGUACAUUCUCAUGUCUUUCUUGGUUCACAGUUAUUGCAAGCACGCUGUGUUUGAAGAACUCCUCAUGGCAGGAACAAUGGCAAGCGUUAGUGAGAAUUCUGAGUUUGUGAUGAGGAGAUAAAUCGUAACUGAAAGACUAAAUACCAUAAAGACUGUAACGAUAUUGUAGAUGAGAUAGAUAACUUGCCGUGAUCGAGAAGAAAUAACAAGUGUUCCAAACAGACAAUAAAACGGAAGCGAUAGUGAGUAUACAUGAGCAUACAUAUAUAUGUUAUUGACCCUUUUGUGGGUAUAUAUAUGUAUACAUAAUGAGUCUCACCAAUUUCCCUUUUUUGUAAAAUCUAGUUCGUUCAAGUAGUGAUUUUGUGAGUGAGGGAGAACGCGGUAGAAGUACAGGAAAAAUUAUAUUACAAUGGACCAAAUAUAACUGUUUCAUGUUAGACGAUGAAAAUAAGCAUUGCUUACUAAGGCCUCUAGGGGCUAGGUGCUCCCCCUUCCCUGACCAAGACUCGGUAGGACUCUUAGACAUUCCUUGAGCCGUAGGGCCUCGUAGCGCCCGUGGGUGCAGCAGCAGUCCCAGGGGCGGACCGUGCAGCCACUGCAACGCGCCGUAAGAGAGCUUUUGUCCCAACAGUGCUGUCUUCAGAUAGUCUCGCCCGUAGCAUUGUGGUGAUUACGAGCCCUCCCCCCCCUCUCCCCUCUGCCUCCCCGGCCGCCGCUGCAGAGGGCUCGGAGAGGUUCUUCGCUGGGGGCGCCCCUUCUGGUCGCGGGCGAGGAGGUGUGCUUAGAUCAUAUUUUUAUAUUUGGAAAGUACUCCCACUGCAUUGACUGUUUGUUGUCCGAGUACAAAGUAUAGAGAACUCGUGUUUAUGAUUAAUGUUUAUAAGGUGGACGGUCGGGAAAGACACAUGAAUCUCGGUAAGAUAUUGAGGGAGCUGGUCACGUGAUAUGGAUAGCAGGACUAGCUUCAACCUCGUGUGUUUAGGGACGGACGUCGCCGUUUGUUCCGGGAGAUUAAGAGGGAAAAAACUGCCUCAUACACAUUGCAGUGAAGAAAAAUAAUUUCUUCGUAGCCUAGUAUUUUUUCACGUUGUUUAUAGACGUAUAUACAUAUAUAUAAAUAUAUUUUACAAGUGGGCCUACUUUAAGAACUUGCUGGUUCAUCCUCGUUGUGACACCGGCGUGAUCGUCUCCUGCUGGAAGUUUGUUGCUCAUUUCAACCGAGGCCAAAGAACCGUGAGUUCGCAUGCUGUUUCUUUCCCGCGGACGUCGUUAGUUGGGAAUGUUGUUGCCUGGCGUCUUGCCUUGGGUUCGAACACCACAGUCGGUUUGCGGUUCACUUGUUCGAGACACUGAUUCGAAUGUGGUUUUCUUGUCGCCAGAUGGAUCACGAGAUGUCACGUAGGUGGGGGACGAAGUGAUUUGCAUAGGGCUAUUUUCAUAACCUGUUGAAGAGGAAGAAGAAAUGUUGUUCUUACAAUCUACUGUUUUUUCCACAUUUAAUGUUUCGCCCGUUAGGUGCGGGAUCUUAAGGCCCUAUCACAUGAGCACUUUGUCCGUUAAUUUCUGG